AUGAAUUGCGUAGUCGCAGUCCUCUACUUAGCGGGAGUGGACUCCUGGAUGACAAAUCGCUUAGUUAUCAUGCACAGCCACAUCUCUCCUUUCUAUGGCGUCUAUAAACCUCCAGGUUCAGAUAGAUUUCCAUUGCCAGCAUCACAAUCUCAAGUAAUUAGGAGUGAUAUUAAAGUCUCUGGGCCAGGCACAUAUAAUGCAAUCUAUUGCUCAUCAACUUUGGAAGUUUCCAAAGUUAAAGAAGUAAUAACCCAAGGCUUAACACCCUUUUCGAAUGAAGAAAUUAUUCCAUUCGGCAACUCGCUUCUCGAUUUGAACACUUGUCGAGAACAAAUUUCAGCUUUGUCCCGUGGGCCUCCAUCAUUACAGCCCGUAACAAUACAGCAGUUACUAGAUUUAAGAGUGUGUUCUUUAUCACACAUUAUCACUCUAGUUCACGAAGGCAAAAUAUGUGUAAACAGAUAUAAAAAUUUCGAUGCACCGCCCAAUGACCAAUCACUUCUUACUAUAAAAAUUAUGACAGAAUUACCACUCAAUAUGUUCCUGUCUUCAAAUCAAAUUUUCAGGACGAACAAAAAGCUAGAUGAGAAAAUCCUUGCCUGGAGCCAAGGCUAUUUGCACGUUUUCAAAAGAGCAACAUUCUGGGAAAGAUGGGAAAAAAUCACCGAGUUUGGAGCCGAAAAUCAAAAUGCCCUUGAAAUCUGCAAAUUUCUGUAUCAAUUUAAUUUAGAAAAGAAGCGUGAAAUACCAAACAAAGAAAUGAAUGAACUAACUUUAAUGCCAAUUGUGGAGACAGAAUAUUCAGGGGAAAAAAAAGUAAUGGAUAAAAAUGAAAAUACAAAACUGUUGGAUCAGAUAAAUGGGAUAACUUUACGGACAAAACUUCCUUCAGAAUUGGUCAGAGACGAUUUCUAUCUCUACCAUGACCUGACCAGGUGGGGUAAAAUGCCGACUACAACAUAG